AUGGAUAUCGACAUGAGCCGCCGCAACAAGGUCCCACGACCUCUGUCGGAAUCGGAAAGAACCCGGUUAGAUGAAUUCAUAGAGAGCAUUCACUACUCGGCGCGGUAUGUUUGUCCCCUAGCUCCCGCCUCUAUCCAUGCACUCCGAUCAAGGCGCAAACAACAGACUGAUCUGUUUGCUCUCGAUAGAUACUCUGACAGCGAGUACGAAUACCGCCACGUGCAACUUCCCAAGGCCAUGCUCAAAGCCAUUCCCAAAGACUACCACGACUCUUCCCACGGAACACUGAAGUUGCUAUGGGAGGAGGAAUGGCGAGCACUCGGCAUCACUCAGAGCUUGGGUUGGGAACACUACGAAGUGCAUGAGCCGGAGCCGCACAUUCUACUGUUCAAGCGCCCCCUUAACUACCAGCCUCCCCAGUGA